GCGCUAGAAUCGGUUGUGUUGCCUCGCUCUCCUCCCCGAAGCAUGUGAUCAGAGUCACUGCAGCCAGACAGAGCGAGGAAACUUGUGACCAAAACAUCAGGAGAAGCAGCUCGGCGCCCUGCGAGAUAAAAAAAGUGUACCCGGACUCCCAGCCUUCCUUCACUCUCUGCACCUCCGUCGCUAAACAUGGACUGCGGGAUCUUCACCUCCAAGACCGUCCUGCUCUUCCUCAGCCUGGUAUUCUGGGCUGCAGGAGCGGUGUUGGCCUACGUCGGAGCCUAUAUAAUCAAGAGCUAUGACAACUUUGACAGUUUCAUCCAGGACAAGUACACGUUGGUCCCAGCCGCUAUUAUCAUCGGCGUCAGCGUGGUGAUGUUUAUUUUUGGCCUGGUUGGAUGCUGCGCUACACUCCGGGAGUCCAAAGUCGGACUCAGCUUUUUCUUUCUGAUCAUCAUGGCGAUCUUUGCCGCUGAAGUGGCUGCUCUGGUGUUUAGCUUUAUCUACAAAGGCAAGAUAAACGCAGACCUGGAGCGCUCUAUGAGUGAAGUCUUCGUGCAUUACGAUGGACAGACUACUGAGACCAAAGCUGUUGACUACCUGCAGACUCAGUUGCAGUGCUGUGGUGUCAUGAAUUACACCAGCUGGUCCAACACCACCUGGUCUAACAGCCACAACAACACCGUGCCUCUGUCCUGCUGUAAAAACGGAACAUCGCAGUGCACAGGCAGAAUGGACCAACCAGACCUGCUGAACACACAGGGCUGUGAGGGGAAGCUGGAUCAGCUCCUGCAGGACGUCUUGAGUUACGCCAUGCUUGUCAUUCUGGGCUUUGCCAUCAUCAAGUUCUUUGGUAUGCUGAGCGUGUGUGUGAUCACCUGUAAAACUGGCAACCGGAGGAGUGGCUACCAGCCUCUGUAUGCCUGAACCACUUCCUGCAACCACCUCUUCAUUUUACUAGACUAGGUUUGCUGACCACUCACUCAGCAGUGCACGUCCACAUCCAGGCAAACAACUGCAAAAAUAGUAAUAAUGGCAUAUGAAGAAUAGAUAACUGGCAGACCUUUUCUCAACAUAAAGGGGAUCCCUCAAGAGCAUUUAAACAGAAAUAUAUUCUUGGACUUGUGAAUUAAUUUAGCUUAAAGUGGCUUUUAAGUUCUACAUUUCUCUCCCUUGUAAUGAUGAAGGCGUCUUCAUGCUUGAGCAGCCCAAGGUCUUAUAGUGUCUCAGCCCAACUACUGUAUCAUUCUUUGAAAUGAUGGUGACUAAGGGCUUUAAACUUUAUUUUAACCUUUUGUGAUUGUGAAAGCACAGCGUUGUAAUGCCUUAUUUAGGGAUGCAAUAUUUAUAGCCAACUGAAUACAGUAUAUAUUUAAAUAUAAAGGUCAGUUAACUGUUUUGGAUUAUGUGACAGUUCUACAUAGCAUGACGUUGGUUGUGUUUAUUAUAUUUCUAAAUUAAAAAGGUGAACAUUUCACAGUACUUUAGUGUUGUGUGGAGUUACAGCACAUUAUUGUUGCCUGCCUUGUAUUCCGUGUUUUUUGUGUGUUUUUGACAUCCUGUCAUUUUAAAUAGUUUUCAAAGAUUUUACCGUUACGCACAUAUACUACAUGUAACUAUGGAAUUUUGGGGACACAGUUGUGUCUAAUCCUAUAGUCAUUGUUAUGCAAAAACGCCUUUCUAGGUUAUUUUCAAAAAGCUGGUUAUUUUGCACAAGACCAGUAUUGCAGUUGUACAUUUGGAACAUCAUAUGAAACAUGUCGUACAGUGGGUAUCUCUCUCCUUUUACCUCCUGAGUCUGCGGAUAAAGAGACCCUUAUCUCCGUAGACAUACGCAAGCUAGGAGUGUUUAUCUUAUAUAAGCCUUACUGUUCAAAAAGAUAAAUGAGAACAUAAACGCAUGUCUAGGUUCAUCAUAGUCAUCAAUCCUUACAGCACAGGUUACAGAUUGGUCAGCUGUUGAUGGGGCUGUCAUAUAACUGAUUCCAACUAUUAAAAUGUAAAGUACCCUUGACUUUUUUUUUAAUUAAGUACACAUUCAAACCAGCUAUGUAUCAAGCUAAGUUUUCCUGUUUUCCAGUCCCUGUUCCUUAAAACAAAUGUGUAUUUGUUUGUGCUUUAUCAGGUUUUUUGCUGCUGUGUGUGUAGUUGCAGUAAUAAAGGAAAUCCUGCAGGCGGUGAUAAAGAAUCCUACUGAGUCCAUCCAGCACUUCCUGUGGUCACAGAGGCUAAAAAAACACUCUUAUGUUCUCCAUAUAGAAGCAGUAGAAGAUAAAUGACAUAUUAUAUUAAUAAAUUAAAGGAUACAACAAAUACAUGCAGAAAAUAUGUUUUCAAACACUGGUAGCAAUAUGAAUUUCAGAUGUUUCAGAGCUUAAAGAGACAAUCAUUUAGAUUUCAAAUGAAAAACUUUAAUGACAGUUGUUAUACUGGAGUUUCAUUACAUCUUUGAGUAUUUAUUACAAUAGCUCUGUGUUUUGGGGCAUUAUUAAUUGCCUCAGUUGAUGUGAAUGACCCCACUACCCUGUCUCAGUUCGUCCACCUCUUGUAUCUCUCUGCUGCAUAUCUUAUUCAGUGCAUUUUCUCUGCUCCGGUCUGUGUUGACAUUUGGACAGGCCCGUCCUCUGAGGACUGUUGGCACACACUCGGCUAGAUAACCUUGUCAGCUUCUUUCCCAAAGCUGUCUGUUUUAUCGCUUCUUUCUUUCAUGUCAGUUUAUCUCUCUGUGUAUGACUCUGUUUUUCACCUUCCCUUUCUUGUCAUGCAUAAUUCUCUACAAAUGUAUUAUUUUUUCUUUCUUCCUUUUUUUUACAUUUGAGGUGUAUUUGCAUCUCUAUUACCUACCAGGAAGACCCAACUGUUUCUGUGCUGUGCUCAUGUUUUUCUGACCUCCCCUAGCUCUCUUCUUUCUGAAGUGUUAACUUUUUAAUUCAGGUGGUGCAGCAAGGACGAUUUGGCUCUUAUUCUGUAAAUAAUAAAAAAAUAAAAUCUGAACUUUUGAAGUAAAUUACCAGUCAAUAAUGCAGGAACAUAAAUUAAUAAAACUUUAUUAGCUUCUGUUUUCAAACAUUGUCAGCCUGCUCUAUAUGGAACAGAGAGGUGAUUGCUUGUGGGUUAUGUCAAUUAAAAAGAGCGUCAAUUUGUUUUACAUUGCUUAUUUUAGUCUUAAGUCUGAACAAACUUUGAAAUAACCCUGAUGCCCCCACGCUUUUCAAUAUUAUAUAACUGUUUUUUGUAGGCUUCCUGUAACACAUUAGGUGGACCUAAUACUUAAAAACAACAAAGUGUAUUUUUAAAAUGUGUCCAAGAUAAAAAUACUGAGAUAUCA